CAUAUCUCAGCUGUAGCAGAAUGAGUUCUUACAAAACCCCCUGUGGGCCUAAUCGUAGGUAGAUACUGGGAAGCAAAGAAAAAGUCACUCGUUUGAACACCCAUCCACUUACUGGAUCGACAAUGACGUUAAGCCAUGAUCAACCUGGUCUGGAAGUAGCACCAGAGUCAGAGCUACAUGUUGUUCAAGCACAAACCGUCAACCAAGCGCCACCCCAAAGUCCGGGCCAGUACGCGUACGGACAUCAACCACAACCUCAACCGGGCAACGCAUACUUAUCCGGUGCGUACUCACCUUCUGGAUAUCCCCCAGGCUAUCCACCAAGCUAUCCAGCAAUAGCGUCUCCGAGCCAGGCUUAUUGGAAAGGCUCCCAAGAUGGCACACAUAUCACAGAUGGAGACCUGCCGAAGCCUGCCCAGCCGACGAUACUUGGGUUGAGGAAGACGGUGUUUUGGUUGAUAUUCGGUUCACUCAUCGCUCUUUUUGUCGUCGGUUUAGCUAUCGGCUUGGGCGUUGGAUUGGGGGUUAAACAUAACGAUACAACGUCUGGGUCAACAUCCAGCGAAACGGCAGCGCCGAGCCCUAUAGCGUGCCCCGCGGCGAACGGAACCAUAUACGACGCUACGGGUAGCACCCGUUUCCUAGUCCUCUGCAACGUGGACUACAACGGAAACACGGAUUCCAGGACUACGGAUAUCGCUAAUGAAGGGACGAGUAGCAUUGAGGACUGUAUCAAUGCCUGCGCGGGGAUGUCGAACUGCAAAGGCGCUGGCUGGGGAAAUAUGGAUGGGCAACACACGUGCUGGAUGAAGGGAGGAUUGGGUUCAUCGCAAAGUGCGCCGAAUUGGUUCUUUGUUAUCAGGCAAUGAUCGAUUGCCUCCUGAAUA